AUGAAGGUCAUCGACCCUCAAUCCGCAACACUGACCAACAUCGAGGUGCUGGCUUACCUCACGGCCAACCCUCCCAGACGACCUCCUAACCCUCCUCCGAACUCCCGGCACUGGGUUCCCAAUCCAGAUCUGCGGGAUCAUAAUACAGUCGUUAAAGAGAUUCAUAACUAUGUCCACCGGAUAUCACCUCACCUCCUCAACUAUCCCCGCUACGUCCACGAGGAGACUCUUCAACGGUUACAGCAGCAACAACAACAAGAUCAACAACAACAAGCGGUACAACUCCGGCCUUCACCACAACCAACAGAGCCCACUCCAAUGGACAUCGCCAUCCGGGAGUUGAUCACAAAGCUGCAGCCCUACGGCCUCACAAAGGGCGAAGUCCUCAUGAUCAUCAACCUGGGCAUUGGACUGGACAAACCGAGCCAGACGACCCAGCCACAGAACACCACCACCCAAGACCAAGAAACCAACGCCGAAGCAAUGGAGAAUGGCGAAGACGUCAGCGGCGGCGGCGCUGUUGCCGAGACUGCUGAACCUGAAGGCGGUGCCGGGGAAGGCCAGGAGGAGGAGGCAGUGACCCAAGAAGACGACGACUACGGCGCCCGAGCGCUGCUAGAUACCGUCAUCGAGGAACGCGAGGAGAGACUCUCAAAUGAAGACAUCACGGCAAUAUUGGCCAUUAUUCGGGAAACGUUGGGAAAACGGGAUAGGUGA